AGAGCCGCUGGAGGGCGCGGGCCGGAGCGCGGCCGGGGCGGGCGCAGCAUGACGGCCAUCGCCGUGCAGGCCCAGAGGCUCCUGGCCCAGAGGAGGCCCCAGCGGCCCUUCUUGGAAUCCUUCAUCCGGGCCCUCAUCAUUGUGUGUGCUGCUCUGGCCUUGGUCCUCUCCUCCGUCUCCAUCUGCGAUGGCCACUGGCUGCUGGCUGAAGACCGCCUCUUUGGGCUCUGGCACUUCUGCACGUCUUCCAACCAGACAGGGCCACUCUGCUUCAGAGACCUGAGUCAAGCCCGUGUGCCUGGGCUGGUGGUGGGCAUGGUCCUGGCCCGCAGCGUGGGCGCCUUGGCCGUGGUGGUUGCCAUUUUGGGCCUAGAGCUCCUCAUGGUGUCCCAGGUGUGUGAGGACCUCCACUCGCGGCGCAAGUGGGCCAUGGGCUCCAUCCUCCUCCUCGUCUCUUUCGUCCUCUCCUCUGGAGGGCUCCUGAGUUUUGUGAUCCUCCUCUGGAACCACGUUACGCUCAUUGGCUUCACCCUGAUGUUCUGGUGCGAGUUCACAGCCUCCUUCCUCUUCUUUCUGAAUGCCAUCAGUGGCCUUCACAUCAACAGCAUCACCCAUCCCUGGGGCCAACCAAGGAAAUUUUAGGCCUCUCGCCUACAUCCGAGGACAUCAGGUUCUACAUGCAAGUGUGGGCAAGAUUCGACUUUUCCAACAUGUGACCUCUGGUGGGGGUAAAGGCAGGACAGUGACCUUGAAACUGCUGCUGCUUAGCCAAUAACCUUUGGGUGGUUGGCCACAAUCAGCCCAGUGGCCUUUGCAGCUGGCCUGCAGGGCCAGAGGCCAGGGUGCCUCAGUGCCACCAGCUGCACAGGCUUAGCCAAGUCAUUAGGAUGUUGAUUUUAGAAGAAGUAACAUAUUUUAAAAUCU